AUGGAGGAAAAUAAAUCUAAGAAUUCGCAAAUAUUUGUUGGGAUAGCCUUUUAUUUGUUUUAUUUAUUUUAUACCUUCACAUAUAUUUUUGAAGUACUUUUUAUUUUUUAUACGAAACUGAGCUAUAUGAUGUUAUGCGCUAUAUUCAUAUUUACACUUUUUUCUAUUUUAUUUAUUUCGUAUAGUUUAAUGUAUGUUUCUUGUUUUUUCGUAAUUAUUAUGUCUUUAACAGAAAUAUCUGAAUUUACAAAAUAUGCACACAUAUAUUUUUUGGAUGAGGACUUUAAUAAAAUAUUUUUAAUGGUCAGAUUAUUUGGAGCUUUAAAUUUUAUAAUUUUUUAUUCUAUGCAUAUGGGUAAUUUAAAAAAAGCUAAAUAUGAAAACCAAAAUAAUGAGAAUAUGGAAAAUGAAAUAAAUGAAUCUAUAAGAUCAAGAACAAUGCCAGUUGCCCAAAUUAUCCCCCUACCAACUAUUAAUAAUAAUCACAACAAUCACAACAAUCACAACAAUCACAACAAUCACAACAAUCACAAUCAUCACAAUCAUCAUAAUCAUCAUCAGGAAAUGCCAAGAAAUGAGAUGAAUAGACACGAUACAGAUAUUGGAAAAGAUAAAGCAAUUUUUGUGAAUCCCCAAAAAACAGAAGUUAUAGAAGGAUAUGUUUUAAAAAAAAUGAUAAUUCCAGUUAUACAUAAAGAAGAUAUAAAAAUUAUUCCUGAACAGCAUAAUAUAGUUGAUACACAAAAGGUCCCAUUUAGUCAUUAUAAAAUAAUUCCAGCAGAAAAUUUAAAUACCCCAAGAAAUGUAAAUUAUAAAAUGAACCAUGCUGAAAUGAAUAGUGUGCACCCUUCCGUAAAUAAUGAUGUAAUUGAAAAUAAUUCAUCUCUGCCAACAAACUAUACUUUAUAUAAUCACAAUAUUGAAAGUGAUAGAAAUAAAUAUACUGAACAAGAUAUUUAUAUACCAUAUGAACAUCAAAACAUAAAUAAAAAUAGAUACCCAAAUGAGCCUAAUAAUAAUUAUAAAAUAUCUCCAGAAAAUAUAUUAUAUAAACAAUCUUCGAGUCGUAAAGACAUAUACAAAAAUUAG